AUGGCAGGAUCAUCAUUAAAGAAGCGCUCCUUCAGCGACGGCCCCAAGGGCAAGGCACAAAGACCAACCAAGAAGCAGAGACAAGUCGCCGCAUACCACAGCAGCUCCGAGGAAGAAGACUCCGAGAAUGACGAAGGCGGUGCCAUUCCCUCCAACCUGCUCGAUUCGGACGAAGAGGAUCUAGACAACCUCGAGGCCGACGACGGCGCCUCCACCGAAGCCGAAGACUCAGAUUCCCAGUCCGACAGCGAUUCGGCGCCAAAUUCCAAGUCCAAAUCCCAACAACCAAAAUCAGAGACAAAACAGAAGAAAUUUGUCGCCAAAGAUGCGCCAGCUUCAGAUAACUCCUCCGGCGACGAGGAUGGCGAUGGCGAUGACGGAUCUUCAGACGAGGACGACGACGCCCACAGCGGCAGCGACGAUGGGCUUGGCACAGGCGCGAACCGCAUGAAGUCGAAGCGCAACGACCCAGAAGCCUUCGCGACGUCCAUCUCCAAGAUGCUUUCCAGUAAACUCCCUACCUCCAAGCGCGCCGAUCCAAUUGUAGCGCGCAGCGCGGUAGCGGCGGAGAAUGCGAAGCAGCUGGUGGACACUGCGCUCGAGGCCAAGGCACGCAAGAGAUUGCGCGAGCAGAAGCGGUUGGCGAUGGAGAAGGGCCGCGUGAGAGAUGUGUUGGUACCUAGCACCAAGCGCACACUGAACCUGCAAACGGGUGAGAUUGAGGAGGAACUUGAGGAUGGUGCUGAGACAACUGGCCAGCUUUUGGCGACGGAGAGGAGGUUGAGAAAGGUUGCGCAACGUGGUGUGGUCAAACUUUUCAAUGCCGUGCGCGCAGCUCAGGUCAAGGCUUCGGAGGCGGAAAGGGUGGUCAGAAAGGAGGGUAUGGUGGGUGUUAAGAGGAAGGAGGAGAAGAUUACCGAGAUGAGCAGGAAAGGCUUCCUGGACCUCAUUGCGAAUGGGGGUGGAGGGUUGAAGAAGGGUGGCUUGGAGGAGGCAUAG